UAGUUUAACUCUUUGCUUUUUAGUUUUACUUGAAGUAACAAAAUACCUGUUUUAAUUAAAAUUUUUGUUCCCAAAAAGGUGCUUUGAAUCAUGCAUACACUAAUCACAGUUAUUCCACCAUUAAAGCUAGCAGGUUCUAAAGCUACCUCGAUCGUUUUAAGGAAGUGUUCAGCCGAUAGUACAACAGUUUUAGCAAAGCCUUUUGAUGCUAUUCCUGGACCACGGGGACCGCUGGGUCUCGGAAAUUUAUUUCAGUAUAUUCCUGGAAUUGGCAAGUAUAGCUUCGAUGCCCUCCAUCAAUCCGGAAUAGAUAAAUAUGAAAAGUACGGUUCAAUCGUUCGUGAAACUAUGGUUCCCGGUCAGGACAUAGUUUGGCUGUACGAUCCGAACGACAUAGCUGCCGUACUGAAUGACAAAACACCUGGAAUCUACCCGAUGCGACGCAGCCACCUAGCCCUAGCAAAGUAUAGACGUGAUCGUCCGGAUGUCUACCGCACGGCUGGACUAUUACCAUCGAACGGCAUCGAGUGGUGGAAGAUACGAUCGGAAUUGCAAAAGGGAUUGAGUUCGCCCCAAAGUGUUCGUAAUUUCCUACCGUUGACCGACAAAGUUACGCAAGAAUUUAUAUACCGUCUUAAACCAAACGAAAAGGAUGACGAUGUUGCCGAUUUCAUGCCAGCCAUUAGCCGGCUUAGCUUGGAGUUAAUCUGUCUCGUUGCAUUCGACGUUCGAUUGGAUAGUUUUUCGGACGAGCAGAUGCUUCCAAACUCUGUGUCAUCGCGCCUAAUAGAAGCAGCAGAGGUGACCAAUCAAAAUAUUUUACCUACCGAUCAAGGUUUUCAACUGUGGAAACUAUUUGAAACGCCGUCCUACAGGAAGCUUCGUGAAUCACAGCAAUUUAUGGAAAAAACUGCCGUUGAAUUGGUCUCUCAGAAACAACGAUACUUCGAUGAUGAGCGCCAAAAAAUGGCUUGCGGUCGACAGACCAGAUCCAGAUCACUGCUAGAGGAGUACCUUAAAAAUCCAAAUCUAGAGCUGAGCGAUUUAACUGGAAUGGCCGCUGAUCUACUAUUGGCUGGAGUUCAUACAACUGCUUACACUACUGGCUUUAUAUUGUACCAUUUAUGUUUAAAUCCAGAUGUACAGUCAAAAUUGUUCCGGGAAGCAGAAAAGUUAUUGCCCGAUCCCUGGACAAAUAGUAUCGAAGCAGCAGCGUUAAAUUCAGAAGCAUCUUACUGCCGUGCAGUACUGAAGGAAACUCUCCGCUUGAAUCCUAUUUCCGUUGGUGUAGGUCGGAUUUUAAACAAGGAUUCCAUUCUGGGAGGUUUUCAUGUACCCAAAGGUACCGUUGUGGUGACCCAGAACCUAAUCUCCUGCAGGCAGGAGCGUUACUUUAACAACGCGGCCCAAUUCUUCCCUGAUCGGUGGAUGCGCGGGACUAAGGAACCGGUGAAUCCCUACCUGGUGCUGCCUUUUGGGCACGGAAUGCGAGCCUGCAUUGCAAGAAGAAUGGCGGAGCAAAACAUGUUGGUGUUUCUGCUGCGGUUGAUAAGAUCGUUCGAGCUUGAAUGGGCAGGUAGCGUACCGAUGGACAUUGAAACGAAGCUUAUAAACCAGCCGGAUCAACCCAUCAAAAUAAGGUUUCGAGCCCGUGCGCCGUAGGGCAAAGCAGUUAAUGUGAUAUUUCCCAAGUGAACAACAAACGGAAUGUAAAAGAAAGGAUAAAAUUUUAUAUUGCAAUCAACUUUUCCAACUUCGAGUUACCUAACUAGAUACUUGCAAUUUGUCUUCCAUUUAUACAACUGUUUUACAAAAAAUAAUAAUGUGCUUGGAAAUAUAAAAACGGCAACAUAAU